AUGUCGCGAUCUAUUAGUGUGCGCAAACAAAAAAAGGAUGGAGGAACUGAAAUAUUUCGGGAAAAGAUUCUUUAUCGAGAAUGGGCUCGUCGUUUUACUAUGAUGGAGAAAUAUACCCAGGCGAUAACUUAUUUUGAAAAAGCAAUACAAUCGGCCGACGACGACAAAGACGUAAGGUUGUUUCUUGGCCUUUGCAAAGCCCAGUUCAAUUUCACCAGAUAUAGUAUAGCCGUUCAGAUUUCUGAGAAAUGCAUGGAAAUAGAUCCUAAUAAUCAUCAGGUAAAAGAAAUGAGAGUGAAUACGCUUUACCGAAUGGGCGAAUUUUGCUAUAGUUUGAUUCAUGCUUACAAUGGUUUACGACAACGUAAAAUGCCUUUCGAAUUAUACAUUUAUCGGGCCAAUGAAACAAUAGAAACUUGUGUCGGUCGAAACACUGUACCAGAUGCUUUGAAACGUCUUUUACCGUGGAUCAAAAAGUUGGAAGAGUAUCGCAAAGUAUUGAUCGAGAAGCUCACUGUGGAACCAGACGAAUUCGAAGGAAUUGAUGAGGAUCAAUCAAAGUUCAAGGUGAACGAUCCAGUUGCCAAAGAAGAAAUGUACAAUGCAAAGCUGCGAAAAACCAUAGCCAAGAUUUAUUUACGUCAUAUGGCUGUCGAAAAAGAGUUUCGUCAACGAUUGCUUGAAGACAGACAAACUUUCGAAUCACUGAACAAAGAAUCGUCAAAGAUGUUGCUACAUAUCCUGCAGGAAAGCUUUAAAAACACGGAAUUUCGUCAGAGUAUUGUACGAAUGACAUCGCCAAUUUACGUAAUGCUCUUCGCUAGAAGCGCAAGAACAUUUGGUCACAAAGUGAUGAUUAAAACCGAAAAGAAAAUUAAGAAAUGUAACAUCAUCAUACUUGCGGACUUUUUAUUGCGAAGCUUACAUGCUGCAAGAAUGGAACGAGAUUAUUGUUUAUUUUUCAAAUACGUCGAACGUAUAAAGGACAAAUUUGAUUCGUACUCGAACAACAUGUUCCCGUUAAAGCAGAAAUGUCUGAAUGCUCUUUAUAAAAUGAUAGCGUGGGCGUAUAUCGAUACGAGGAAUUUGAUGAGUCUACGUGAUGAAGAAACGAAGAUAAGAUAUUUGAAGCAUCAUUUAAGAGUAGGCACAACAAGAUUACCACGUCAAAGAGAGUUAGCGUGGGUGAAGAUCAAUACGCGACAAAAUGCACUUAAAACGUUUCGCCGACGAUUGUCUGUUGCUUCGGAACCCUUAGAAUUGGCUUGGCUUUUUCAUGAUUUUGCUAAGUUUUUGAUUGAGAUUUAUCGUUUCGAUCUUGCACGAUAUUAUGCUAAAAAGGCGCGUGAUUCUGCCGUCGAAGCUAAGUGCGAACAAUGGAUAUUAAAUGCCACUCACAUGAUGAUGUUAGUCGAGAUCUGUCAAAACAAUCGAAAUGAAGCAAAGGAGGCUGCUAUUAAUGCAAUAGCCAGUGCUAAAAAGCUUGGUAUCGAUUAUCUGGUAGAUUUUUACUUUCGUACUCUCAACAUAAUCGACGAGGUCGAUUUUGAAAGGUUGAUGAUAACUACGGACGGUAUAGGCAUUAGACAACGGAUAAUACUCGAAUUGAUGCCAGAUGAAUUGAAGAACGAUGUGGAUUUUCUUUUUCGUAGUAUGGAAGUAGUACCAGCGAAACGGAGACUUUCAGUAAUGCCUGGUUGUAAGCCAAUCGACCGUAAGUUCAAGUUACCCUGUAGACGGAAUACGAUAUUGCCGUGUCCUCCGAAGGAUCCCGAAAAGAAAGCAAGACAGGCUUUGCUUGCUCAAUACGCUCCGUCGAAAGAGAGACCUGGUUUCAUCGAUUUCGAAAAUUACAAAUGA